UUUCAGCCAGUCGCCGGAAAUCAUGAAAGUAGCCAGUGGCAGCACCGCCGCCGCCGCAGGCCCCAGCUGCGCGCUGAAGGCCGGCAAGACAGCGGGCGGCGCGGGCGAGGUGGUGCGCUGCCUGUCUGAGCAGAGCGUGGCCAUCUCGCGCUGCGCCGGGGGCGCCGGGGCGCGCCUGCCUGCCCUGCUUGACGAGCAGCAGGUGAACGUGCUGCUCUACGACAUGAACGGCUGCUACUCACGCCUCAAGGAGCUGGUGCCCACCCUGCCCCAGAACCGCAAAGUGAGCAAGGUGGAGAUCCUCCAGCACGUCAUUGACUACAUCAGGGACCUGCAGUUGGAGCUGAAUUCGGAAUCCGAAGUCGGGACCCCCGGGGGCCGAGGGUUGCCGGUCCGGGCUCCACUAAGCACCCUCAACGGCGAGAUCAGCGCCCUGACGGCCGAGGCGGCAUGCGUUCCUACGGACGAUCGCAUCUUGUGUCGCUGAAGCGCAUUCCCCAGGGAUCGGCGCACCCCAGCCAUCCGGGGGCAAGAGGAAUUAAGUGCUCUCCCCAACGCGCCUCGCCGGAUCUGGGGGCGAACUAGACAGAUCGGCGGCCACUGCGCCCUUACAGCAUCCAGCCUAGGGCUGAGGGACUGGAGAGGAGAGGGCGACCCUCUCUCCACACCUACUAGUCACCGGAGACUUUAGGGGGUGGGAUUCCACUCGUGUGUUUCUAUUUUUUGAAAAGCAGACAUUUUAAAAAAUGGUCACGUUUGGUGCUUCUCAGAUUUCUGAGGAAAUUGCUUUGUAUUGUAUAUUACAAUGAUCACCGACUGAGAAUAUUGUUUUACAAUAGUUAUGUGGGGCUGUUUCUUUGUUAUUAAACAAA